ACAUAUACAUAAGUUAUGAAAAAAGUCACUCUUUCAUUCAAGGUAGAAGAACUGGAGAGAGUCAAGAACCUUGUACUCAAUGGAAGGAUUCCUUUGAGUCAAGCUCCACCAGAGAUGGCGCAACAUCCCGUGAUGCUGAUAGAAGACUUCUGUAACCGUUUGAUAGCGGAAAGAAGAGCUAAGAUCAAGAUACCACAAGUGAAGAUUCCGACCUACCUCUAUUGGGAUGAUACUCCGGAUCCAGAGUCCGGCCUUUCUAUAGAAAAGGGUCAUAUUUUCAGAGGACAAGACAAUAUACUCUGCGUUCCUAUUGAGAAAUAUCUAGAGGCUGAUGAGGAUACAGACAUAAAGAGAGGUUACAUGUUGACGAAAGAAGAGUUUGAAACCAUAAAAUAUGAGAAUCCGCUUGUAAAGCAACUGAUGACUUGUGAGACUGUGGAAGAAAUGUAUGCUCUGGCAGACGAAAUUAUUGGAGUGCUUAAAACUAUAGACGAAAGUGCAAAAACAUACGAAGACGUUGCCACAGAAGCAGUAGAGAACGUGUAAAUGUUCACGUGACUUAUCAAUAAUAUUUAAAUUAGAAAGUAGGGGUAAAUUCGUGAAUUAUACUGGUUCGAAUGGUCAAUCGUUAUGUGAAUUAAAACAUCUUCAGUUUAA